AUGUAAACUUUGGCUCCAAAAAAACUUAGGAUGUAACUAAAUAUAUUUGCAUGUGAUUUAUAAUUUUGUUAUAUUCAUGUUGGAAAAUAAAAAUAAUAAAAAUAAGAAUUGAUAAGAUAAUAGCAACACAAAAGAGAAUUGAAAUAAUUAUAAAAGGUGGAAGAUGAUUAAUUCACAAUAUAAAAUUAUUAAAAAUUUAUUUAAUCAUUUUUAUAUAUAACUUUAAGUAACACUGCUAAUUUAUAAAAUAAUUAAAUUAAAUUUAUGAAUAGUCUGAAUAGUGUUCAUUUAGAUAAUAUUAAUACUACAGGAUAAUAAGAUACUUCAAUGUGUAAAAAUCCUUAAGUAAAUCAGGAUUGCGAUUCCUCCUCUAUUAUUUUACUCAAAAAGAUUGAAGCUCCAAGCCCUGACAUACCUGGUUUUGGCCAAUCAGUUUUUAAGCCCUUUCAAAAAUUAAUUAUUUACUAUCAUAUUGGAUUUUUCAUGAAAAAACUGUUAAAAUUUAUCAAACCUGAUUAAUAAUUUAAACCAAAGCACUUUAAGCUGAUUGAUGAUAAAAGUUCAGGAAAUAUCAAAGAUUUUAUAAGUUAUACAGGAAAAUCAAAAGUUUAAGUGAUGCAAUAUCCUAGUCUAGAUGAGGUUAAUUUCUUUGUAAGAAUGAAAUACUUAUAUAGACAAUAUCUGAUAAAUGCUUAACAAAAAAUCUUUUUCUUAUUCGAAUAAAUUCCUUUAAUCGAUCCUUCGUUUAAAAUUAAAAUUAUUUGGGAUCUUUUAUUGAACUGUUUUAGAAUAUAUUUGAUCUAUAUUAUACCCAUAAUAAUUACAUUUGAAGAAUUGAUUGAAAAUUAUGAUUAUCUUAUAAUAAUAUCUCAAGUAGUAUUUGCUAUAGAUUUAUUAUUAAGAAAUAUUACAAUCUAUUAUGAUUAAGGUUUGCCUGUUAUUGAUAGAUAUUAAAUUGUCAAAAAUCAAUAUCAUUUCACUAAUUUAAUUGAAUUACUUCAAAUAUUUUUGCUUUUCGGAAUGGCUUAUUUAAAUUUAGAUUUUAAUAGUCAAUUUAUUUUAUUCCAAGGAUGGCCUAAAUUUUGGAUGCUACUUUACUUUAUACAAUUAAAAAAUUUAUUGAAUUUUAUAGGAUCAUGGUAAUAACAAUUUAUAAUGGGAUAAUUAGCAUCAUCUUUAAUAGAAUUGUCUAAAUUAAUUGGUUUGCUACUUAUAAUUUAACAUAUUUUUAGUUGCAUCUGGCUUAUCAUAGGAAGAUAUAAUCAAAUCUCUGGUAUUACUAAUUGGAUUUCAGCAUUUAAUUUAGAUAACUUACCAUGGAGUGAAUUGUAUAUUGAAUCAAUGUAUUUUACAAGUGUUACUAUGUUCACUGUUGGAUAUGGAGACAUACAUCCAAUAAGUAUUUCUUUUAUAAAUUAUUAAAGAUACAUCAGAGAAGAUAUUUGUAUUUCUAUUUGUAUUUGCUUGUACCUUUUAAUUAUCCUUCAGUUUAAAUACUAUUGGAGAAAUUUUGACAAGAAUGAAAAAUAAUAAUGACAUCAUAAAUAAAAAAUUAAUCUUUAUCAAUCAGUAUAUGCAUACAAAAAAAAUUAGUCAUCAAUUAUAAUUUUAAGUCAGAGAAUAUCUUAAUUAUUAUUGGUAUUAAGAAUAAACCUAAUAAACUAAAGAAUAAACUGAUAUCCUAAGUUAAUUAUCAGAUGAUUUAAGAAAACAAAUAGCUGUUGAAUCUAAUAGUGUAAUGCUUAAAAAUUGUGAAUUUUUUCAUAAAAAUUUUUCAAAUGAAUUUUUAAAUGAAUUAUUGAAACAUCUUUAAUUUUAAUCAUUUCAACCUUCUUCAACUUUAAAUAUAUUCAAUGAUGAUGAUUAUUUUAUACAUAUUAUAGAAUCUGGAUAAGUUGAUAUUUAUGCUAAAAACUAAGAUAAAAAAGUUUUAAUUGGAAAUUUUAAGGCAGGUGAACAUUUUGGAUUAAAUGAAUUUAUAAGUAAUUAGAAAUCUUUUAAUUAUGAAUACAAAAGUUCAGGAUUUGUAAGUACAUUAGUAAUUCCAAAAUCUAAAUUUUACUAAUUAAUAUAAAAAUAUUAAGUUGAUUAUGAAACUUUUUGGAAUUUGAAAAUUAAUAAUUAUUGUGAUUCGAAAUGUGGCAUAUGUGAUUCACGAAGACAUCCACCAGACUAAUGUAAAUAAGUUCAUUACAUACCAGAUAAAGAAAAGGUUAUCAAAUAAUAUAAUUUUUAUUAAAGUUAAGAGAGAAUUAUGUUUUUGAGAAAUUCUAGAAGAAUCAGAUAACUUUAUCAUGCUUAAACCGAUUAGGAAAUAUUGAGGGAAGCAGCUUAAAUGGUAAAAGUUAAAAACGAUAGUUUAUUUUUCUAAAAAUAUCAAUAUAUAUAGGAUGAUACAACUCAAUUUGAAAGUCAAGGUUAGAUAUAUAUAAAUAUAAAUAGAAUUAUUAAAUAAAUAAGAUAUUGAAUCAGUUGGUGUACUGAUAAAGGAUCUUGAGAGUAAAUCUUAUUUUGAUUUCUGUCAAAAAUCUUAAAUAAAAUCAGAAAAAGAAAUUUAUGAUGGAAAACUAAAUUUAUCAUCAGAAUUAAUUACAUUGAAGGCACUUAAAGAUAAAUUAAAUCAUAAAGAUCUUUACACAGAGAGAGAUUUAUAAUAGAUUGAAUAUCAAAUUCAAUUGUUAUAAUUAAAAUUAAAUAUUGAAGAUAGAUUAGAAUUAGACAAGAAAAAGGAAUAUCAAACUUUUAAUCAAAAAUCUAAUAUUAAUAUGGUUUUAAAGAAACUAAUAAGUCCUGUUCGAUAUAUAAUGGUUUCGGCAUCUAAGAGCUUGGAUCAAUAUUCCUUAAUAAGUGGAAAUAAUUGGAUAAAAUAUUUAUUUUAUCCUUAUGAUUUUAUUAAUUAGUAUAGAUUCAAUAUAACUCGAUAGGGAGUGCCUAGAAAAUCUCUUGUAGUUCGAUAACAAGAACAUAGAUUAUCAAAUGCAUUACUAAAAAAAAAAUAAUAACAUCGUUCCUUAAAAAGAUAAAUUUAAGUAUUUCCUAUAAAAUGAAUAAAGAUGGUAUUAAAAAGAUUUAUAAUGUUAUAUUUCGUUACUAUUUAAUAAGAUUCGUUUUAAUGGUCAUAUUAUUUCAAUUCACAUUUCAGAUACAUAAUUAUUUUAUAUAUUAAAAAUUUAAAUUAAUUUAUUUAUCAUUUUACUAGAAAUGAAACAACCAGUCUCACUUUUCACUUAAAAUACUUUUUCUAGAAAAAUGAAUUAAGAUGAUGUAAAUGAAAUUCAAGACAGAUCAGGUUUUGAGAUUUUAAAUAUGGAUGGUUAAAAAAGAUAUAAGAAUAAAUUAUCACCUAUGGUUCAAUCAAAUUCUGAACAUCAUGAAUAAUUGAUUUUACAAUAUACUAAUCCUUAAUAACUCAUUACUCCAAAAUAUGAAAAUAUUACUGAAAGACUUUAAACAUUUGCUUAGACUGAGUAAAUUAAGUAAUCAAAAUCAUUUCGAAAAUUGAUUGUUUAUUUUCAUCAAAAAGACUUUAUAAAAAUGCUAUUGGCUCCAUAUAAAUUAACAACAUCUUUUACUCUUAAACAUUUCAAUUUAAUUAAUGAUUUAGGGGCUUCCUUUAAAUAUCAAGUUGGCAGAUAUAAUGAAAAUUAAAAAAGUUUGAUUCAUUAAUACAUCUAAUUAAUUGAUAUAAGAAUUUAGAUAAGAUUAAAAUUAAGAACAAUAAAAACUACAAUCAAACAUUACUUAUCUCAUAUCCAUAAUGAAAUUCCAUUAAUAGAACCAAUGAGUAAUCCUAAAUUUUUUUGGGAUUUGAUAUGUUUUUCAAUUAGAAUUUAUUUAAUUGUAAUAAUUCCAAUAUUGAUGGCAUUUCACAAUCAAAAUUUUAUUGAUUAACAAUAGAUUCCAUUAAUUUUAUUUUCUAUAUCUUUAAUUUUUGAUAUUAUAAUGAGGGCAUUUACUGUGACAUAUGAUUAAGGAUUACCUGUAAGAGAUCGAUAUAUAUUAUUUAAGAAAUAAUUGAACUUCUCAACCUUAUUGGAGUUAUUUAGUUUUAUUUAUACAAUAAUAAUAAGUAUAUCUUCAGAAAACAUUAUUGAUAAAAAUAUAAUAGGAGAUGGAUGGCCAAAAUUUAUAUUAUCUUUAUUAUACAUAUAAGUGGCAAACAUAUUAAAAUUUAUUGAUAUUUCUUAAUAUUCUUUUAAGCUUAGCAGAAUGUCUACAUCAAUAGUAGAGUUGAUCAAAUUAAUAACAUUAAUACUUUUGGUUUAACAUGUGUUCAGUUGUGUAUGGCUUGUUUUUGGUAUUUAAUGUUAGGAUGCAUAUUAAUAAUCUUGGAUGGAUAAGUUUGAAAAUAAUUAAUGGUCAUAUUAAUUUCUUUAAUCCUUUUAUUUUAUUUGUGUUACUACAUUUACAGUUGGAUAUGGUGAUUUGACUCCAAAAAGUAUUUAUUUUUAAUAAUUCAGAUCCUCCUGAAUAAAUUUUUACUAUUGUUUAUAUGUUUUUAUGUAUGUUGUUGUUUUCAUACACUGUGAAUACUAUAGGAAGUAUAUUAACAUAGAUUAAGGAGAGUAGUGAUAAAAUUAAGACAAAGUUAACAGCCAUUAAUUAAUAUAUGCAUAACAAGUAAAUUAGUCCAGCUUUACAAUUUAAGUAAAUAUAUAUUUAAUAUAAUUAAAGAGUUAGAGAAUAAUUGUAUUUUUAUUUAAAGUAAGAAGUUAUUCAAUAAGUCAAUGAAUAAUCAGAAAUUAUAUCAAUGCUUCCAGAAGAAUUGUAACAUAGUCUUCGCAUUGAAGCUGCUAAAUCUCUGAUUAAUAAAUGUCCUUUUUUUAGUGAUAAUUUUUCAAAUGAAAUUUUGAAUUAAUUAUUGGAAGAAGUCAAUUUUUAAAUCUUUUAACCGGGGGCUACAAUUUAAUCAAAAGAUGAAUUCUUUAUUCAUAUAAUUGAAUAAGGAUAAGUUGAAGUAUUGUAUAAGAAAGUAUUUUAUUCUAUUAAAUUAUCACUAGAAAAUUAUAUAAACUCUAGAAAGAUUUGAUUAUUUUGGAUUAGAAGAAUUUGUUACUUAACAAUAUAAUCCUAAUUUUAUAUUUAAAAGUAAUGCCUUUACUAGUGUACUCUCUAUUCCAUAUUCAUAUUUUCAUAAAAUUCUAUCUUAGAAUGAUCUUGAUAACUAAAAAUAUCACAAUCUAUUAAAUUCUCAAUCUUGUAUUUCUAAUUUUUGCUUCAUUUGUAAGGCAAAAAGACAUUCAACUUAAUAAUGUUCUUUAGUUCAUUUUCUUCCAAAUAGAGAAGUUGUUAUAAAAAGAUAUCUUUAUAGAAAAAAAUAAAAAAAAAGAAUUAAGUAAGACAGAAGAAUUAGGUAAUUAUCAAUUAAUGAAAUUGAUAUUGUAAAUGAAUCAAAUUAAAUUAAAAAAAUUUAAUUUAAAAAUGCAUAUCUAAAUUAAAAAAUGAUAGAAUCAACUGUGAAUAAGUUUUAAAAUGACAAUUAAAUUGCUUUAGAAACUCUAUUUCCAACUAUUGAAUAACCAAUGAGUUUAGAUAGUUAAACUGAAUCUGAAAAUGAAGAUGCUGAUGAUAUUAAAGAUUAAAGUUUUUCAUAAUAAAAUCCUCAUUCAAGAAGAGGUAGCAAAUAAAUUCAUACCAUUUCUUCUAAAAAUCUACUUUAAUAUUAAAUUUUUGAUAAAAUUAAAAAUUAAAGAUAGAAUCGGUUGAUUUAACCUUAAUAAUAAUAAUUCUUAAUGUCUCAAUAUGGAUAAAUUAAUCAAAAUCAAAAUAUUAAUACAAAAUAAUAGCUUAAAAAAUUACUAUUAAAUAAAUAAGGUUAAGUUGAUAAUGAAGAACAAAUAGCUUAGAUUUAAGAAUUAAACUUUUUUAAUGAACUAAGACAAAAGAUGAAUAAUUUACUAUUAUUUCCGAAAAAAGAAUAAGAAUAAAUUGAAUUCUGGUAUAAGAAAAUUUUAAAUCUUAAAGAAAAUUUGCCAGAUAUGUAAGAAUUUGAAAUAUUAAAAAAUUAUGAAGUCUUUAAUAGACAAUGGAAUGUUGAUUUAGUUGUAAAGAAAUUAUCUUAAAAACAAAAAAAAUUCAGAGGAUUUAAGAAACUUAAAAGAUUCUUACUAUUCCCCUUUCUUUAUGUAAGCAAAUAUUUAGAUAAAAGAGAUUCAAAUGACCCUAAUAAACAAGUAGAAAAAUUAAAAAAAAAAAGUAAAAUUAAAAAUAAAUAUAAGGACCUGCUAGACCAAAAGUAAUCAAAAAGACUAGAGUAAGUCCUAAAACAUGA